AAGCUAGUGGCGAGAGAGGUCGUGCGCAGUGCCUGGUGGGUCUAGUCUAGUGGCAUCAUGGAGGAGGCGGUGGAGGCCGUGGUCGCGGCCGGAGUGGAGCCGUUCCCGACGGUGGACAAGUGCGACGCGUCGGGCCGCGGCGCGCACGCCGUGGUGGCGGACCUGGACGGCGCGCUGCUGCGCUCCCGCAGCGCGUUCCCGUACUACGCGCUGGUGGCCUUCGAGGCCGGCGGCGUGCCGCGCCUGCUGCUGCUGCUGCUGCUGGCCCCGCUGGCCGCGGCGCUGCGGGCGCUGGCCUCGGAGUCGGCGUGCGCGCGCGUGCUGGUGUUCGCGGCCACGGCGGGCGCCCGGGUGCGCGACAUCGAGUCGGCGGCGCGCGCCGUGCUCCCGCGCUUCUACGCCGCCGACGUGCACCCGGCCGCGUGGCGGGUGUUCUCGGCCUGCGCACGGAGGCGCGUCGUGCUCACGGCCGCGCCCAGGAUCAUGGCCGAGCCGUUCCUCAGGGACUGCCUCGGCGCCGACGCCGUCGCGGGCACCGAGCUCGCCACGUGGCGCGGCCGCGCCACGGGCAUGGUGGACAGCCGCAGGGGCGUCCUCGUCGGCUGGAGCAGGGCCGACGCGCUGCGGGAGAUAUUGGCCGGCGACGACGACGACGACGCCGCGCCCGACGUCGGCCUCGGGAACAGCCGCUCCGACUACCCCUUCAUGAGCAUGUGCAAGGAGGCGUACAUCGUCCCGCGCGCGCCGGUGGAGCCAUUGCCCAUGGACCAGCUGCCUCGCCCGGUCAUCUUCCACGACGGCCGCCUGGUGCGCCGGCCGACGCCGCUGGCGGCGCUGCUGGUCGUGCUGUGGUUCCCCGUGGGCUUCGCGCUCGCCUGCCUGCGCAUCGCGGCGGGGGCGCUGCUGCCCAUGCCGCUGGUGUACUACGCCUUCUGGGCGCUGGGCGUGCGCGUGCACGUCCGGGGCGCCCCGCCGCCGCCGCGCGCCGAGCGCGCCACGGGCCGGAGGGGCGUCCUCUUCGCCUGCUCGCACCGGACGCUGCUGGACCCCAUCUUCCUGUCCACCGCGCUGGGGCGCCCCGUGGCGGCGGUCACCUACUCGCUCUCGCGCCUCUCCGAGUUCCUCUCGCCCAUCCGGACGGUGCGCCUCACGCGGGACCGCGCCUCCGACGCCGCCAUGAUCCGGGACCUGCUGGCGGAGGGCGACCUCGUCAUCUGCCCCGAGGGGACCACGUGCCGGGAGCCCUUCCUGCUGCGCUUCUCGGCGCUCUUCGCGGAGCUCACCCACGAGGUGGUGCCCGUGGCCAUGGAGAACCGGAUGAGCAUGUUCCACGGCACAACGGCCAGGGGGUGGAAGGGGAUGGACCCAUUCUACUUCUUCAUGAACCCCAGCCCGGCAUACGUCGUCACCUUCCUCAACAAGCUCCCGCCCGAGCUCACCUGCGCCGGCGGCAGGACAAGCCACGAGGUGGCCAACUACAUCCAGAGGCUAAUCGCCGCCACGCUCUCCUACGAGUGCACAAGCCUCACCAGGAAGGACAAGUACCUGGCGCUCGCAGGCAACGACGGGGUGGUGGCCACCCCCAAGCCGCCGGCGCCGGCCAAGAAACCCAAUGGCUGCUAAUAUAACAACAAGGUCGAUGAUCGAAAAAAGGAAAAGAAAAUUGGGUUAUUGUGAUGUGUCUUUGCUGCAGAAUUAAUACUACUAGUAGUAUAUUCAUUGUGAUGAUGCUUGGCAAUGGGCUGUAAUUUUUCUCCUUGUAUUGGUCACAUCUACUAUAUAUUAUAGCAAUGGCUUUAUUGUACC